GUACACCUUUUUGAGACUGAGUCGAGACGUAUAGCGUCAGAUGGAAAUCAGUUAUAAGUGAAUUGCCGUGAUGAGUGCUUAGAAACCUGUCUUUCGUAUUAGUUGUUUUUUUUAUUCUCUCUGGAUUUGGUUAUUUCUAUAUAUACGAUCAAUUGCGAACGUGCAGUGCUGUCGUUCGCCUGUAUGGUGUGUGCCGUGUGUGUUUUGAUCAUUUUCGAACUAACUUUUGCUUCGCGCGAACCGAUCAAUUUUCAACCACUAUGAAGCAAUGUAGUUGACCAGUUCUCAAUAAAAAAAAAAUUCGUUCGAGUUUAUUUUAUUUUCCAUUAAUACGAAAAUCAAACAGAAUAAAGUUAAAUAAAGAAAUAAAAAACACAAAAAAAAAUUACAAGGGAAAAAAGACGACAGCAGCCGAACAACACACAUUGCAGGAAUUUCCAUUGAAAAAUAAUAAUAAUAACGAGAGGGAGAGAGAGAGAGAGAAGAGAGAAAAAAACAACACACAAAAUAGAAGAGUUAUAAUAUAAACGAGUUCAGUUUAUAUCAUCUCGCAUAUAGCUACGAUUAUAUCGUUCAUCCUCACACAUCAAAUGUGUAUGCAUGGUGUUCUGUCGAAAAGCGACUUCAAUAUAGACAACAUAGUAAACAAUUUUUAUGAUCGAAUAUUUAGAGCGGAGGUGAGUGCGAGAGAGCAACAGAAGCAGAAGCAAAACAGCAAUAAAACAACACAGCAAUACAACACCAACCAAGUUAAAAUUUAGGGCAGAAAGCUGUAGUCAUCAUGAGUGCAAUUUAUGAAUUAGUUAUUUUGUUGGCAAUUUUAGCGACGAUCGUUGAAUCAAAAGAUGAAGGUGCUCACAAAGUAUACUGUUCGGAAGAUUUGAUGAAAGUCGACAUUGAAUUGUUGACCGAUAAUAUCAAUCCAUCAGAUGUAUAUUUAGAAGGUUUAAAAGGAUAUCCAAAUCCAAGAUGUCAACCAACAAUCAAAGAUCGUGUAGCCCAAUUUCAAUUGCCGCUGCGUGAUUUUUAUGAAUGUGGUGUUACGCGAGUUUUUAACAAAAACAACGGAAAGAAAGUGUUCUAUCACAAAGUGAUAAUUGAAACACUGCGAAGAAAAGACUUCGUUAGCUUUAAAUGCAUUAUAUCAGUGCCGUACAAUUUGACAAAUACACCGCACAACAUAACGAGACGUGAUGUGUUGCCGGUCGGUUUCGAAGAGCCAAUUGAAUUGGAUAUUACGGAAAAGCAUGAUUUCUAUGCACCGGAACCAGUAUUGGGUGUUGGUGUGCGACAAGGUGAUGAACUGGUUGAUGGUGAAUUAAAUGUAAGUCCGGGCACACCGCUCUCCAUGGAAAUCUAUUUGGAUAAAAAAUCGGCGCCAGUCUAUGGUCUUGGCGUAACAUACAUGCAAGUGACUGACACUAAAACGCAAGAGGAAACCAUCAUUUUUAAUGGUUGUUCUGUGGAUCCAUUCUUGUUUGAAAAUUUUAAUACAGUCGAUGGUGAUUUUCUGACAGCCAAAUUCCGUGCAUUCAAAUUUCCCGAUUCGACAUAUGUACAAUUUCGUGCAUCGGUUAAUGCGUGCAUUGAUAAAUGUAAAGGUAUUCAAUGCAGCAACGGACAAAUUGGAUACGGACGACGAAAGCGAGAAAUUGCACAAUCGGCCGAGCUUGAAUAUUCAAUUCCAUUUAUUAUACGAGUUGUUGGCGAACCAGUGAGCAAAGAUAUUGGUAAAGAGUUGGAUUAUAAGUUGGAACAAUUGAAAGUGAUAAAUCAAAAAUUACUUCGUAAUAGUCGCGGAAGUCUAUUACAUAGUGGUGUGCCUAGUGAUGGAUCAACGCUGAUACGUCGAUCGAGCUCUGAUGACAUGCCAAUGGAAAUAUCGGCUCGUGUCACAAAUUCAGCAUCUAAAUCAAUUACAUUCCAUACGGUGGUGGCGAUUGUGUGCACCCUUGUUUUUACCUUCGCCCAACAACGAUAUUGAAAUGUCUUUGCUAAUACGAAAAACAAAAAGAAGAACGAAUUCCCUCCCCCUAGUAACCAAUUAAAUUGCAGCCCAUGAUACAUAUUUUUUUUGUUUUAUAAUUGACAUUUAUAAUCUAGUAUAUCUUUUUAAAAGUCAUAGAUUUUAAGUAUAGAUGUUGAAAACGAAACUAAUUGAAUAAAUUGUCCUAACCGUAAAAUAGUAACAAAUAAGUAAA